AUGCUGGACACAUUCUUCAAUGGAAGAGCCCACUGCACAACCGAAAACUCGCUUUCUAACUGCCUCGUUACGGAUUCGCCGACACUAACCCACACGAGCUAUGGUUCUGAGACAACGAUCGUCGAACACCUGAAGACGGAUGUGCCUAACCUUUCGGGGGCGUUGAUCCAGUGUUGGUUCAAGUGGCUGGGACCGUACACAACCUUCCGAUUCAAGCAUUCAGCAUCGAACUUAACGGUGAAUUCCGGCGAGACAGCUGAGUGGGUAGAGCGCGAAUUUACUGAUCGGAAGGAUUGGGCAAGCUGGCAGUAUUCCGGCCCUCGUGCUUCCUUCUGGUGGCAUGACAAGUCCGGUGCUGCUCAAAAGGCACCUGCUGUGCGCAGCCGCAUCAAGAAUGAAACAGUAACACCCUACUGUCUGCGCACUCGGGUUGAGCCAACCCCAUACAGCCAAGCAGGUCGGGCUGUUGAGUUAUCGGCUCCGGGCAGGGUCCCCAAAGAAAACUCUACUGCAUGCUGCCCCGAGCUUUUAACGUACGCACGCCAUGACAAAUUAGCAAACAGAUACUGUUUACUGAAACCUUAUACUCACUUAAAAUUGAUGUAUGUUGUGUCUCCGAAACACGCAUACAAGACCCGAGCGUGGUUAUGCAUCUCAGAACGCCAAGGAUGA